UGCUGUUCGAAAGAGACACCGUCAACGUUACUAUGCCGGAUGCACGAAAACAAAUCGCAACCUAUGAUUUUGGAUUCGACCAGAAUACGCGUCCGAAGUGGUACAGUCUCGAAUCUACCGUUUGCUGGAAAAAAAACCCAAUUAGUAUGUAUAACGAAAAAUAUUGAAUCGUUUCCAUAGGUUAGCCUCGACAAGACAGUUUCACGAUGAUGCAACAGCCGGUCGUCUCGUACUUACCUACCCAUGAAACAGUUAAAAGAAUUCCAAAACAUAUAUCGCUGGUAGUUGAUUAUUCGAUGAGUAUACGCUACCAGAGAUCAUUAUUUGCUCUUUCAUGAUACACGUUAAAAAUUGAAGGAUUAAUAGAUCUGGGAGCAGCUAUAUUGGGAAAUUAAAUGCUUCUGAAGUCGUUGAUCCUUCCAUUUUUUAAUUAAAGGAAUUACCUAUUGGAAUUAUACCGAGUGGUGCAGAAUAUAGAGUACUAUAUCAUGGAAUAUACUACGUAUUAGAUUUUGAGAAUAGCUUUUAAGAAUCGUACUCGAGUCCUCGUUUACACGUCAGUGCUUCCUUACGAGGACAUUCUCGUCUUCUUUAUUUAUCGUAAUCCUGUAAGAUCUCGCGCGUAGAAGGGGACCUCGAAUACGCGUGUUAAGACUAACGAAAAACAAGAACAAGUUCGUCCACUCGGUACAGUCGAUGGUUCUGUCGCCGCAUUCUAUUGUAUGCCAUAGUUUAUUAGCUGCAAACAAAACACAGGGCUGCCAAACCUUCACGAAUUGUGUUAAAUGAUGAGUGAGGGAAACGUAACACAAACAAUUUAUUUAUUGACCAGCUUCUUCUCGUCGAAUUCGUGCUGCUAGCUGUUACAUAACAAGAGUACGAAGAGUAUAAGUUCUUUUUCGUUGCAAACAAAAAUUUUAUCUUAAUUGUACAGGGUAUUUAGAAAGCGGUUUUAGGAUUCUUCUUUUUAAUGAAACACAAAUGAUAUGGAAUACAUCCGAGUUUUACACAAAUUUUUACACCAGUUUUUAGACACUUUAAUGUGGGAGAUGAUGUGACUGACAGGUGUAUUUUAUUAUUAAAAACAUUUUUUUUUUUUUUUUUUUUUUUUUUAAACCUUUUUAUCGUCAUUCGAUACUUAAAAUCUACCAAACACUGUUACGUGACAGCUUUCAGCUCGCCUAAGAGGCUUUCAAUGAUUCAUGAAAACAGAAAUGAGCAAUCGUUCGUUUUGUCGUUGGUCAAAGUUGACAGAAAUUCUCACGGUCAAUUAAUAAAUUUUGCUUAUAUCACUAUGGUGCGUUAGUUGUAUCGAAUUACCGCGAGGCCUCUGUAAAUUCGACGUGCCGUUUUGCAUUCUAAACGAAACACAAAGCAUCGCUGCCACGAAAAGAAAAAAAGAAAAAAAAGACGACAGUGUCGCGUCGAUUUAUUUAGCAUUGUUAGGCCAGCGUCGUGCCGUGCGUUCGCGCGACUUGAAUUUGCAUGCUUUACUAUUUUAAAACAAUAUACCCCCGUGGAUCGUUUACAGUCGGUAUAGAAUUGAAAGACAAAAAAAAAACACAGUAUCAAAAAGCGAACAAUACAAAUGUCAGUGUGAUUUGUCCAUGCAACUGAGCCAAUUCUAACCUCAAUACCCGUUUCUAUUGUUCUCCUGAUUUCUGAACACUAUUUGCAUUUUGUUCUCAUUAUUUUCUUUUUUUCUCUUGUUUAGUGUAUUCGAGGUGCUUUCGUUAGUAAGGUUAAGAUCUCAGCUCGUGAAUAAAUUAGUUUAUUAUCGAUACGUGGUGGGAAAGGACCAAUCCGCAAGACUGGAAGAUAACGAUUCCCAAAACGAGCUGGCUCUCGGGUGAAAAAAAGAUAAUUUAUCAUUUACAGCUGAUAAGACGAAGAAUAAUAUGAACGUACUCCGUCAAAAUGAUUCUAUCCUUAUUACCGUGGAUGUCAUGAACGCACAAAGCUUUCAAUUAAUUAGAAUACGCAUUACAAAUCUGAUGUAUCAAUCGAAAGUCUCUUACCAUUUUAUCUGUAUUAUUAGUCGGGCUUUAUAUGGAGAGAAUCAUUCGAACAGAGUUGUAGCUUUCGAAGCAUUCUUCUCAGCUAUCAAUGAUACUUGAUUUUCUUUCUUUUUUUUUUUCUUGUUUACUCUCCCCCGCUCUUUUGCUUCUCGACACUGCGUGAAACGAAAAGGAAAAGAAAGACACGAUCGUUCUUCUCGUGAAAAUUAUAACAUACCGACGAGGAAUAUUAGAACGAAAUGUUCGGACGUUCCGUAGGCGAGAUGAUUGAUAACGCCACACGUAUGUACAUGUACGUACUACGCAUAUACAGGAUUUUUCCUUGUUUUUUCUUAUAAUAUAAUAUAUAUCUACACAGCAGCACAUAACGAAGCAUUACGGGUUUUUUAUGCUUAAUCGGAGAGGACGCAAAAAAUUCUCUAUUUUAUUAUUUUUCAAAAGAUGUUACAUUUUAUAUCACUCAGCGUCAUCAAUGCGUUGCUUUUUAAAAAAAAAAAAGGAAUCAAAUUGUAAGUUGCUCGUUAGCGAUUUAUCGUAAUUAAUUUAGCAGUAAGUCUUAGUACGCGCAAUCAGUUGUCAUUCCUCCAUUUUGUUUUGUUUUUUUAUCGCUCUAACUAGUUCAAUUAAUUUUCGAAUGAAAUACUAUACUUUCUUUUCCACGCGAGGUUAUAAUUUCUUCGAAGAGGAGCGGAUUCGUACACGCGAGAGAAAUUCGUAUCGCGCCUCAGGCUGUUUAGUCAAUUAUUUUUUAAAGGUUAGCAAAUACGUCGAAGAUCGUUAGGUUCUCGAUACAAAGCUCUUCUUAAUUUUAACGAAUAUUCUAUCCCUCUUAUGUUCUUUUAUUUGAAGCGCAGUUCUGAGCGGCUUGGCCCCUUCUUUCGCCAAACACAUCCCCAAAGUCCCUCCUCUCAUUAUUGUUAAUAAUAUGUAUUCAGUAUUCGCGUUAUUUUAGAUUAUUAUUAUUAUUGUCAGGUAUAUUCUGGUUUAUUAUAUCAUUAUUACCACGAACAAUGUAAUCUAUUAUUCUACAAUACAUGGUUUUUCCAAAGCUCGUCAGACGUUCUUCAUUUUUCAAUAAUUACGUUAACUAAUGACGAUCUUGACCACCAUGACAUCGUCCCAUGCCGUUUAAUAUCAUUCACGCUAAAAACACAUACGUAGAGUGAACCCUACAAUCGAUGUCGCAAAUUUGGUAGCUGCAUACUUUCACCAGUGGACGAGUAAAGCAAGAUCACAAGCAAGAAACUUUCCCUUUCUGUUUGGACGAAACGCAGCGAGCGUUUCUGUUCGUUGCUCGUGGGAUAUGAUUAAAGUUGGCAUUAAUACAAUAACAGAUUUCGCGAGAAACGAAAACAGCGUAACUCGUGUCCAGAAGAUAAAAGCAGAUGAAACUUGUAUUCUGUCGAUAUCGUGGUAGUUACCAACUAGCUCAGGCGUCUGAUAGAGAUAAAAGUGUCGUCCUGUGGAGGUGUCGAAGACGUUAUAAGAAAGACAGAGCAGUAACAAUCGUGUUGAGGAAGAUAAAAGAAAUUAUGGUUGUGUGUCAUGAUUCUUAUCGUCCUCCAUCGCCUUCAUCCCUCUUGCUGUGUGAGUACAUCAAAGAGCGAGAGAAAGAGAGAGGUUACUAUUCAUAGACUAUUCAUAAACCUCUGUCCUUUAUUGUGUUCUUCAUCCGCCCGUAAGAGCGCGCAAUGUACCUGUGUUCCGCAUUCAUGCUUCCAUCGUCGUGUGCCCUCAAUCAGUACAAAUUAAAUUUUGUGUGUGAACCGUUAAUAUUUACCAUGGGAAAAAUUGUGUCCAUGUGCGCGAGGAGAAAGCAGUUUCUCCCAGUGACAAGUACAUCGUGUCGCGUUAUUUUCUUGUGGAUUGUGAUCGAUAACUGGAUUAAGGAUAUCCGUCGAAAACAGUUACCCAAAGGGUGCCUGCACGUUCCUAUGGUAUGUUUAAUCUUCCCUUAACCUUAAAAUGACUGUCAACCUCGACCUCUGUACCUCCAAGACUCGAUUUCUUUUUUCUUUUUUUUUUUCUAAUUCUCAGCCCAUGUACGGACUCUAUUCCACGAACGUGAGAUUCUCGAUUGUCAAGGACUAACAGGUGGUCUGCGUGGACCGUUUCACGCGGAAAUUAAGAACAUUACACAGAUGUCGUUGAGCAGAGGCUGCAGACGCUGCUCAAGGAAGGAGCAAACAGUUUCAUGAACCCAGAAUGGCUGCAACCGGAAUUACCGCCUUUCUUCGACGCGAAGAAGUUUUCCCUCGGCCAGAGGAUGUUCAACAAUAACGUUUUCACCAUGAUGGUCGCCAAGCUUUGCGGGCUGUUAUGCUUGUUCGCUAUACCGUCGAUCAGAGCUGUUUUGCUCUUCACCAAGCAGAGCUGCACGUCCUGCGCUGCGUUUCGCAGAUACGUGUCCACGAUUCUGCACACUUGGGUCUGGUACGAGAAGAAACCAGUUGCAGAGAAAAAGUUCCUGGACUCCCUGAGGAUCGUGCGGAAAAAGCACUGCGUGGCGUUUCGCAGAAGCUCGGACGCAGGCCUCGACAGAGUCUCGCAGCUGGAUAUGGCGUUGACUCAGUUCGGUUUCGUAGGGUUCACCCUUCUGGGCGGCGACUAUCUCGGGGUGAAUAACAGCUUCGACGAACUCGAGGGACUGAUUCACUUCUGGCGCGUGGUUGGCAGCAUGCUGGGAAUGGAAGACAAGUACAACAUCUGCUCAGGAAGCGUCGAAGAGACCCGCGCACUCUGCAGACGACUCCUGGACGAAGUCUUCCUCCCGUCGCUCGCCAGGGAUAUCAAGGAGUUCGAUGAGAUGAGUCACGCUCUGAUAAAAGCUCUCUGGCCCAUGAAUCCUUACAUGGAUUCCACUGCCUUCGUCGCGUUCACCCUGACACUGGCGUCCUCCACCGCCACGAAUAACAAUCACUCGUUGAAAAUAGAUACGUCGAACAUGUCGUGGUACAGUAAAUUUAUCUUUAAUCUUCAAAUGAUGACCCACAAGUACCUGCUGGCUAGAGCGAAUUGGUGGUCGUGGAUCUUCAGAGCGUACUUCAACGGGCAAAUGCGAUUGGCCAUGUAUCUGACCGAGAACUUGCCGUUCCUGGCGUUCUGGAACUUCGGUAUUAAGAAUUCUUACGUUAAUAUUUAUAAUUACCGCGUCAUGUGAGCUAGAGUUAAGGUAGAACCGCCGGCGGUAGACGGGUUAAACCUUUCUACUGGAUGGCGUCAGGAGACAACGAACAUACGUUAAAGUAGUAAAAGAAGAAGUAGACUAUAGAGACGAAGCUCAAUGUAGAUGAUAAGCGUAGGAUAAAAAGAAUCUUUUAUACGGAAUUGUAUAGUUAGAUUUAAGCCUUUAAGUACCUGCGGAUAGAAUAAAUCCAGCGACAAGUAGAAACUACCUUUUAAGCCUUAAUCGUACUACAUGUUUUGUAAUACAACACCGCGCGUAAAUACAAAUACAGCACAUUAUCCGAUCCUAAUACUCGGCGCUGAUCGUGCUUACCGUACCCCUGCACGACUGUGUUAGUUACAUAUUUUACGCAUCUACCUUCGCAGCAUUAAAUUAUCAACUAGAGUGUUCACGAAUCGAUCGGCCAUGGUUAUAAUUUACCCACGAGCGAAAUUGGUCCCGAAACGAAGACAACGUCGCAUCGGCCGUUCUCGUUAGCUUUCACGGAAAUCCUUCAAAGUACGCGAUACUUCUCCGCGAUUUCAUAAUUUUAGAGGAGACUGCCUUAUCUCUCGCGCCAUGGCGUCUGGUGAGUGUUCCGUCAGCAGACGGUAAAAAAAUGCCUCGACGAAGAUCAUAAUACCGUCCUUGAACUCUCCUCGCCGAUAUUGAUCGAACGGGAUACGUUCGGCAUCCGUUUUUCGUUCGCUGUUAGGCUAAUUCAGGCGAGGCAGACGCGAACGUCUAAUUAAAAGGUCGACGUUAAUCGAAUCAAAGGUCGACUCAUCUGAAACGAAUCGACCUAGCGUAGGAGAGCUUCCAGGACAGAGUCAAUUAAUCUUAGAUACGUUCUGGACAUCGUCACGUGCCCGAUAAACACCGCGGCGACGGAACGAAUGGGUUUCGCGACAGUGGCGCGACUUACUUUCGCGGGCCCCGGGUCGAAACGGAGUUUACGUUUAUCUUUGUAUCUUGCCUCUGGCGUAAAGCCUCUCGCUACGAUGAGGAAUCGCAGGUGGCUCGUUGAAUGUUUUUUCAACGAGUAAAUAACGCGUAAAAAGGCUGAACGACUUGCUUACUUCAAUUACGGUCGCGAAUUAACUAAUUGCGCUUCAGCCUCGGGAAAACAUGUUUCUCCGACUGGGGCUUCCGGUCGAAAUUAUUCUCAAUGAACGUGCAUGACAUCGGAACGACGCUACACCGUCCGUGACGGUCACACCGUUCUUCAUCCUUUGCUAAAUCAAUAAGCAAACAUUGUAACGUUUUUACGUUUACGUUUCACGUUUUACGACAAAAAUGAAUGUCGAUCGUAUCCUUAUAAGUCGCUGCAUCGAGAUCAGGAUAAUUA